CCAUGAAGAAAACAACUCGUAGUAUGGACAUCGUUAUUGUUGGUGGUGGUUUGGUGGGAGGAUUAUCUGCUUGUGCUCUCGCUAAACGUGGUCAUCGUGUUCGUGUUUACGAGUAUCGAUCUGACAUCAGAAUUGAAGAAGCCCGAGGUCAAAGCAUUGAUCUUUCUCUGUCAUAUCGUGGUCGUCAAGGUCUCAAACUGAUUGAUCUUGAAGACAAAAUUGUUAAUCAUCACGGUAUUCGUAUGCGGGGUAGAAUGCUCCAUGGUAAAGAUGGAAGUCUUAAGGAAAUGAUUUACGACAGCGUGAAAAAAAAUGCACUCUAUUCUGUUAGUCGGAUGUACAUGAAUCAAGUUCUUCUUGACGCUGCUGAUAAAUAUCCAACAGUAACUUUGUUCUUCAAUCAUAAACUUCUAGAAGCUGAUCUGGAUCUUGGCAAAUUGAAAUUUUUGAACACAAAAAAACAUGAAAUAAUUGAAGUAGAAGCUGAUUUGAUAAUUGGAGCAGACGGUGCUCAUUCUACGGUACGUAAAAUGAUGUUGAAAAGACCUGGUUUCGAUUUUUCACAAACUUAUAUUGAACAUGGUUAUGUUGAGAUCAAUAUCCCGCCGCGAAUGAUUGAUGAUAAUCGUCCUGAACGUGGUCAUGAGUUUUGUAUGAGUUCAAAUCAUUUACAUAUUUGGCCGCGAGGUACAUUUAUGAUGAUAGCUAUGCCAAAUGAUGACUAUUCAUUUACUGGAAAUAUUUUCGCUCCACUUGAAAUUCUUAAUGGUCUUGACACACCAGAAAAAGUUAUUGAUUUUUUUAAUAAACAAUUUCCUGAUAUAGUUCCGCUUAUUGGCGGUAAUCAGAAACUUAUUGAUAAUUUUUUUAUGGUUAAACCGAAAUCUCUUAUUUCAAUAAAAUGUAAUCCUUAUCAUAUGGGAAAAAGUUUAAUUUUGGGCGAUGCUGCACAUGCGAUGGUACCUUUCUAUGCCCAAGGAAUGAAUGCAGCUUUCGAAGAUAUUCUUAUACUCAAUGAACUAAUGGAUCUUUAUAAUGAAGAUAUGUCACAAGUAUUACCAGCUUUUUCAAAAAAACGAUCUGCUGAUGCUCAUGUCAUUUGUGAUCUUGCAAUGUAUAAUUAUAUUGAAAUGCGAGAGCUUGUAUUAAAAAAAACAUUUCUUUUACGUCGUACACUUGACACAUUUCUUCACAAGAUGUUGCCAAAUAAUUGGUUACCUCUCUACCAUACUGUUCAUUUUACUCGAAUGGGAUUCCGUGAUUGUGUUGAAAAUCGUGCUUGGCAAGAUAAAGUUCUCCAAAGAUGUAUGUGGUUUUUAUUUGCGGCUAUAACAAUUGGUAUUCUCUUUACUUCAUUAAAUACAGCCUACUGGCACAGAGCAUAAUUUUUUUUUUUCUAAUAAUUUUCAUCGUUUCUUGACGGAUCCGAAUUACGGUAAAUUUCCAUAAUUUACUGCAUAUUGACGAAAUUAACCUUAAAAUACUAUUUUUCCACAACAAUUUUGCCGCAUUUUACUGCAAUUUACGGUAAUUUUCCAUGAUAGACGGUAUUUUAAGGCAAUUUACCGCAAUAUCUAGCAUUUUUACUGUAAGCACUGUAUCCUUUUUUUAUUUUUGUAGUUAUAUAGUAUAAUACUUUACUUUAGGUAAGAUACCACAGGCUUACCGCAAUUAACGGUAAAUUGCCUUCCUUUUACCGCAAAUUCGCGGAAAAAAUGCCGUACGCAAAAAAAUGAAUUAUAAAAAUUAGUAAUUGAUAACUAAAAAUUUAGAAUGUGGUCACAAUUUAAUAUCAUCUCAAACAGUAAUUUCGUGGUUUUAUUGAAUAUAUUAUAAUGAUCUUAAUUUAAAUAUUUAAAUUUAAAGUAUUUAUGGGGCAUUUCGCGCCAAAUUGGACGGUUUUAAGAAUUUUAAUUUUUAAUUUUUGUUAUUUUUUGACAUUUUUUAGGACUUAUCAAAAAACUCAUCCUCCUAAUUUUUGAUAUUUUUUUGAUAAUUGGUUCAAAAGAUGGUUUUCUCAUGGUUUUUUGUUGUACUUUUAGAAAAAAAAUACAAAUAAUUUUUUAGAAAAAUUUUUCUGCAUUAUGAGUUUUAAAACUUUAAAGUCGUUUUCUGAAAAUCAUGCAUAUUUUAAUUUUCCUGAAAAUGUGUCUCAACAAAUUACUAUCUAUUCCACAACUUUUCAGAUGGUUCCGGUCGUGGGACCUCCGCGGCUACUAUUUUUUUUUCGACUAUUGAAAAUUAAAAAAAUUUUAUUUUUAUAAUUUAAAAAAUUAUAAUAAUUUAACGUUUCAGCUCCAACAUUCGAUGUUUGGAGCAUUUAAGUUUAUAGUAAAAAAGUAAAAAAAUAUUCAGUAUGAUAAAUGAAAUUUUCAAUGUCAAACAAUUAAUUUUAUGUACAAUGGUAUAUAAUUAUUACUUUCUUCAAAUUUUUGCAAAGUAUAUUUCAAGCGCAUCAGUUUUUAUACUUUGAAACAAUAAAAUUUUAGUUAUGUUUGUAAGCUUUUAGUCUAUGUGAACCCUAGCAGAUUUGAAUUGCGGUAAAUUACCGUAAAUAACCGUAAUUUACAACGCUCGGAAGAGUUUGUGUGAUUUACCACAAUUUACAGAAAAUUGCCGUAAAUUACGGUAGUUUACGGUAAAUGACAGUAAAACCCGUAUUUACGGCAAAUUUACGAUAAAAUUGCAUCAAUUCGCCGUAAAAUUUACGGCAAUACUGUAGUGUUUUUACCCCAAAUUUACGGUAUUCAGAAUCAUUGCCGUAAAAAUACGGCAUUUUACCGUAAACUGCGGUUAUCUACCGUAAUUUGCGGUAUUUCACGGUAAAAUACGGUAUUUUCCGUAAAAUAUGGUAAUUUACCAUAAUUCGAAUCCACUAGGGAAACAAUUAACCUAAAAUGUUACUGAUGCGCGGCUAUAUCUAUAUGGCAAGAUGACAUAUUUUAUCAUUUCAAACAAUAAAAUUUAAAAACCAAAAGUGACUAUUUUUUUUUCAUAUCAAUAUAUUUUAAAGAAUCAUUCUUAUACUUUUUCGCUUUCAAUAUUAUAUUAUUUAUAAAUUACCCUCUUUGAUGCGGGUUUAUCGUUCAAACAAUAAAAAUUUAUUGAAAAUCCGAAUAAAAUUUGUCAUUUAUUUUUUUGCGUGCGUACUUUCGUUGCGAAAGUCCGGUAAUUUACCGCAAAAGACCGCAAUUUUUCCUAAUGCCGUAAAUUGCGGUUAUUCUCGUAAUUUACCGUAAUCCAGAUCCACCAGGACUGCCCGCUCUAUAAUAUAAUAAUAAUAUUCUUCGUCCUUCAUUAAUAGUUAUACUAAAAAACAUUCCGUACUAUUAAUUUAAAAAUAACAAAUCAUAUAAUAUUACUGUAGUCUAGAAGUAACAAUUAUUUUUUUCUUAAAUAAUUAAUUAAAUGUAGUUAUCAUUAAACGUAUAAAAUUAAAAUAUAUAUUAAAUUUGAAAUAGCAUUUUAAUAUGAACUAUAGGUUCAACUAGGUC